AUGACAGACGGCAACAACGCCUCUUCCACGUCGAAUCUCAGUACUUUGCCUGUCGCUCUCUCCACCGCUUCUACCUCUUCUUCGUCGUCUUCUCGACCGCAAGCACCUCCUCUGUCACAGGCGAGUCCACUCAGCGCCUCGAUCCCAUCGCUGCGUCGCAGAGCUGAAGAAGCUGGAGCAGCGAAGGCUGCGACGUCGAGCUCGGUGAAUGAGCGUCUGGCGCGAGCGAGACAGCAGGCCGCUCGCAGGCCGGUGAGACUUGUCGAAGACGAAGUCGAGGACAAUGUAGCUCUGCAGGCGUGUGGAGUUGCUGGGAGUUCCUCUUCUUCCGCUCGAUCUCGGCCUAGGGCCAGAGGCACCUCUACGAACACACCUGCCGCAUCAGCUUCGGCUCGAGCAGGUCUAGCAUACCUAGCUGCGUCUGCCCUCCGCACGCAGGAGCUCGAAGAGGCGAGGAGGAACACGGCGUUGCGUAGACAGCUGGCGGGACCUGUGCCUCCCAGGAGCUGGAAGGGCGAGUUCCUUGCCGGUGGUGCUGUAGCGCGGGCGAAUGGAACUGGGGGUAGCUCGAUGGGAGGGAAUAAGCAAGGGGUGCGGCGGACAGGGACGCAGGUUUCGUUGGCUACAAGCGAGGAGGAGACCGAAGAGCAACUCAUAGAAAGAGCACAACAGCGUCAUCUACAAGUACAGCCCUGGUCCGUCUUUCAUCCUCUCCUCCCUCCAUGUCCCACCUACGGCUCAGCUCAGCGCGCCACGAGUACACUCCGGGACAUCUGUCUUUCUCUCAUCUUCGAGGUACUCGCCACACACACUUGCUCUUCGGGUCUGCUAGACCAGACAACUCGGCUGGAAAUUGAGGAGGAUGCUCCGUGGUUGCCGGGACAUCUCAAGGAGAGGAUCGUGGCGCUGGCUGCGAGGAGUGGGGCGAGGUGCGCAAUGAAUGAUGAGGCGUUUGAGAGGCUGUACUUCUCGCCGUUGGUGUGGGAGGAGGAGGAAGAGGAGGAGGAGGCAGCAGACGAGCACGAGCACGAGGAGACGUCAGAGGCGAAGAUGCAGCCAGAGGCGGUCUCAGACUCUGAUGGAGGUGAUUUGGACGAUUGGGAGCGAGGUAGUGACGAAGUUGCUCAGCCUUCAACCGCCCUCACUCAAGGUACACCGCCACAUUGCUGGCCGUCCAUGGACCUGUCGUAUGCCCAGCUGCGACCGUCGACCAUGCGGAAGCUUCUGCUUGGUCCUACGUCAGCGACUUCUCUUCCUACGUUGUCGAGCAACGUCACGCUGCGUUACCUCUCCCUUGCAGGCCAGACUUCAGCCGGCUCUCCAAAUCUCCUGGCAAAGUCGACUUUCAAGCUCCUCGCAUCUUCCCUCCCGAAUCUCGAGCACCUCUGUCUAGCCGGGCAACAUCUCUCCUUCACUUCUUCCCCUUCUUCUUCUUCUCCUUCUUCAUCGAAAGGAAGACAGGACGACCUUGCUCCGCUCCCCUGGGCAAGUCUUUGGCGUGGCUGCCGCAAGCUACGUCUUCUCGACUUGAGCUACACCACGGGCCUCGGAUCAGGUGCAGCUGCGCUGGUCAAGAGCACAGUGAGGGAGAAUGGCGUGACGCUACCUCGGCUGGACUACUUGCUGCUCAAGGGGAGCGAUGCAGAGUUUGCCUGGUUUGCUCGCGGUAGUGUUGAGAGUAGGAGCGGUGCGGACGAUGCGAGGGGAGUGCCUCUGCCGCUCUUCCUUACAACGUCUCACGCGAGACAUUGGGCUCGAGUACGAGAGAAGCAAAGAGGACGCGCUGCAUCUGCUCUCGCUCACAAUACCUCAGCGACGGGCGAUGCCCCUGCUCGAGAUGCUGCGCUAGACUCUAUCAUCAUCUUCAGCGAGGAGGACAUCAGGUCCUCAGGUGCUGCCUGUGCCAAGCAGCUCACGAGUCUCGCGCUCCUGAUGGACACAUUCCGUGGGCGAAUGGGUGGCGGCAAGGAGAGGUGGUGCGAGAUCUGGAUCUAG